AUGUCCAAGGAAGCACGCAAGGAUCCGAACCGACAAUUUUGGCAAAAGGAAGUUGAACGAACUAGCGGGGGAAAGGAAAUGAACUUAGGCAAUAGGAAAAGUAGGCCAGUACCAAAAGAAGAAAAAUUGGUAAAGGCUGGGUUUGCAAAUUUAAUGAGGUUUAACCAUGACUUGAAAAAGAAAAAUACAGAAUCUACCCAUGAUCUGAAGAACAUGCAAUUGUUUGAAGGUGAUGAGAGCACUUGGAUUUUGUCCACCGACCAUCACCUCGUUGCUACCAUCUUCCUCACUCCUACAAACAAAGCCGAAAUCCAUGAAAAAACCUCAAACCAAACAGUCCGAAACCCAUCCAAACAACCAUCUCUGCCAACCAUAACUCUUCCACGGCCCCCACAUCUCGCUGAUCCUGCCAGCCACCUCGAUGCUAGCCCUACUGUAAGGCAGUUACCCUUCAAAUACAAAAAGAUCAAAAGUACCCAAUUGUUAGCAAAUCCACGAUUCUCACCUAUGGAUGAGCUAUUAACAAUGGUGAAAGGUUCUGGAGACCAUAAGAAGAUUGAAGAGUUGAUUGAAUCACCCACGAAGAUUAUAAUUAAUUAUGCCAAUUGA